AAAUAAUAUCUUAAAAUAGGUGGAUUAUCCACACCGGAGUGGGAAAUCAGACGGAGAGGAGGAAGCAAGACCAACCAUGGGCUCCUCUUCAGUCUUGGCGCUCCCUCUUCCUUCCUUUCAGUUUGCACCCUCUCAAGAAAACCCACUCACUUCGAAGACUAAAAAAACACUACUCUCACUAGUUUCUUCUAGGGAUUCUUCAUUAUCAUAUUCAUCUUCCUCACUUCUCCACAAGUCUCUUCCUUUGGCUGCUUCAGCUCUCAUUCUUCUCUCUUCAAAUCCGGCUAAAGCUGGGUUUCUAUCUGGGUCCUCUGGGAUAGAGUCUAUUCCUGGUCCUCAGUUACCCCAAAUUGAAUUUCUUGAACGCUUCAAUGAAGAAAACCAGAAGAAAUAUGCUGAGAAUGAUGCAAGAUUCAAAUCAUCUCCCCUGCUCAAUAAGCUACUAGAGAAAUCCAAGUUGAACAAAGAAAAGAAUAAGCUAGAGAUUCAAGACAAGUACUGUCUACGUGGAGCAGAAUGGGGAGUUGGAGACUGCUCAGCUGAGGGAAUGACAGCUGAGGAGAAGGACAACUUUAUUUCGAUGCUCAAGCAGAAGACUGGUGUUAAACAAUGAUUUUUUUUUUAUAAAUCAUUACUCUCUCUAUAUAAAUAUAAUAUUGUCAAAUUUGUAGAACAAAUGCCAUUUCUAUCCACACCAAUGGAAUUGAACGACAA